GUUGUAUGCAAAAAAAGUCAUGGUUGGCACAACUGAUUUUUAUUUAAGUCAUUUAGAAGAGAACACAUCGGAUUCGUGGAUUUUUUAUAUUGUCUUUUUAUAAUAAAACAGCAUAGUAAACAAAAUCUGAAAAUAUUUGAAUUGAGAAAAGUUAUUAUUAUCCUAUAUACAAAUUUUGGCUUAUUGUUUAAUGGUUUUGUUUUAAAAGUUGACGUAUUUAAUUUAUCGCAGUCGUAAAAAUGAUGACAGAAAAGAUUAAUUCUGCACAUGGAAAUAUGAUUAUAAAAAGUAUAAACAAAGAACACCAACACCAACUUGUUACAAACAUUGGAGAUGACAUGGGUUGGAAAUCUAAACUUAAAAUACCACCAAAAGACAAUCGUUUUAAAACAAGUGAUGUCACUGACACUCGUGGAAAUGAGUUUGAAGAAUUCUGUUUGAAGCGCGAACUCUUAAUGGGAAUCUUUGAAAAGGGAUGGGAACGACCAUCGCCCAUUCAGGAAGCAGCAAUUCCAAUAGCAUUAAGUGGAAAAGAUGUUUUGGCGAGGGCCAAAAAUGGAACCGGAAAGACGGGAGCAUAUUGUAUACCCGUCUUGGAGCAAAUCGAUCCAUCUAAGGAUUAUAUACAAGCCUUAAUAAUGGUUCCGACCAGAGAACUUGCUUUGCAAACAUCGCAAAUAUGUAUCGAAUUGGCAAAACAUCUUGAUAUACGAGUAAUGGUUACUACUGGUGGUACAAUUCUAAAGGAUGAUAUACUGCGUAUAUAUCAAAAGGUUCAACUUAUUAUUGCAACUCCUGGGCGUAUUCUUGACUUGAUGGAUAAAAAGGUUGCGGAUAUGUCUCAUUGCAAGAUACUUGUAUUAGAUGAAGCCGAUAAACUGCUAUCACUUGAUUUUCAAGGCAUGCUGGAUCAUGUUAUUUUAAAAUUGCCUAAGGAUCCUCAGAUUCUUCUAUUUUCUGCAACUUUUCCGUUGACUGUUAAAAAUUUUAUGGAAAAACAUUUGCGAGAACCGUAUGAAAUUAAUUUAAUGGAGGAAUUAACAUUGAAGGGUGUCACGCAAUACUAUGCAUUUGUUCAAGAACGCCAAAAAGUACAUUGCUUAAACACUCUGUUCUCUAAACUGCAGAUAAAUCAAUCGAUCAUAUUUUGUAAUUCGACGCAACGCGUAGAACUUCUAGCAAAGAAAAUCACCGAGCUUGGCUAUUGUUGUUAUUAUAUUCACGCAAAAAUGGCUCAAGCUCAUAGAAAUCGCGUAUUUCACGAUUUCCGACAGGGCUUGUGUCGAAAUCUUGUCUGCUCUGAUUUGUUUACUCGUGGUAUAGAUGUUCAGGCCGUCAACGUUGUCAUCAAUUUCGACUUUCCACGGAUGGCCGAAACCUAUUUGCAUCGUAUUGGUCGCUCCGGUCGAUUUGGUCAUUUAGGUAUUGCAAUCAAUUUAAUAACAUACGAGGAUAGGUUUGAUUUACAUCGAAUUGAAAAAGAACUUGGAACUGAAAUCAAACCAAUACCUAAGGUGAUUGACCCAGCUUUGUAUGUGGCCAAUGUAGCUCUUAAUUCCGGAGAAUCUAGUAAUAAUGAUCUUAAUAAUUCAUGUACCGAGGAGGGAAAUGUUAGCAAAUAAUAUGCUAUUAUCAAAAAAUUAUACAUAAAAUUCUAAAAAGAAAAAUUAUUGAAUUUUUGAAUUUUCAUUUUUGUAAGAUUCUUUUUAUUAUAUAUCUUUUUUUUUUUAAUAAAAACAAAUUCUGUACAGUUUUAUAGACCUGUAUUUGAUUUAAAAAAAAAUAUCAAGUCACCUGAAAUAAAAACAAAACGCCCGAAAUUUCGUUAAACCUCCGAA